CACUUGGGCUCUACCAUACUUGUGCCCUGCUUGUUAAUGCCCUCUCGCUCGGGCCUGGUCGGACCUCUCUUUCGCCCGUGACAGUUCAAUCGGCUCUCGCGUUAACUCUCCCCGACGUCGUCGCUGCGAUUCCGAAGUAGUCAACUAAUUCAGUCGUUGCGCUCGAUGUGAACAGACGUGCGUGUCGGAACAAACAGCCGAAAAUCAAACACGAAAAUCAAACAGAAAGCCAAACACAGAAGAAUCUCAGACUAAAUCUGAGCAAUCAGAAGAAUCAGAAACCCAAGUGUCAAGUGACUAAAGUGACAAGUGUCUUUAGCGUUGUGUGUAUUUAAGCCAAGUUUAAACCAAAUCAAUGGCCCUGGAGGAUCGCUGCAGUCCACAGUCAGCGCCCAGUCCCGUUACCCUACAAAUGCAGCAUCUCCACCAUCAACAGCAACAGCAACAGCAGCAGCAGCAACAACAGCAGCAACAAAUGCAUCUCCACCAGCUGCAGCAACUGCAGCAGUUGCAUCAACAGCAAUUGGCCGCCGGUGUCUUCCAUCAUCCGGCCAUGGCCUUUGAUGCCGCUGCAGCCGCCGCUGCUGCAGCAGCUGCUGCGGCCGCCCACGCCCAUGCUGCUGCACUGCAGCAGCGUCUAAGUGGCAGUGGAUCUCCUGCAUCCUGCUCCACGCCCGCCUCGUCCACGCCGCUGACCAUCAAGGAGGAGGAAAGCGAUUCCGUUAUCGGAGACAUGAGUUUCCACAACCAAACGCACACCACCAACGAGGAGGAGGAUGUGGAGGAGGACGAUGACAUCGAUGUGGAUGUUGAUGAUACAUCAGCAGGAGGACGUCUGCCACCACCCGCCCACCAGCAGCAGUCCACGGCCAAGCCAUCGCUGGCCUUUUCCAUCUCCAACAUCCUCAGCGAUCGUUUCGGUGAUGUUCAGAAACCAGGAAAGCCCAUGGAAAAUCAGGCUAGCAUUUUCCGGCCAUUCGAGGCGAAUCGCUCUCAGACAGCCACGCCCUCCGCCUUCACCAGAGUGGAUCUCCUGGAGUUCAGCCGCCAACAGCAGGCCGCCGCUGCUGCAGCCACUGCUGCCAUGAUGCUGGAGCGGGCCAACUUCCUGAACUGCUUUAAUCCCGCUGCCUAUCCCAGGAUCCACGAGGAGAUCGUUCAGAGCCGCCUGCGAAGGAAUGCAGCCAACGCCGUCAUCCCACCGCCCAUGAGCUCUAAGUUGAGCGAUUCGAAUCCCGAGAAGUCCGCCCUGGGAUCCCUGUGCAAAGCGGUCUCGCAAAUUGGACAACCUGCUGCCCCAUCGAUGACACAACCUCCCCUGAGCAGCAGUGCCAGCAGUCUGGCCAGUCCACCACCUGCCUCCAAUGCCUCCACCAUCAGCAGCACCUCCUCCGUGGCCACAAGUUCGAGUUCCUCCUCAUCCGGUUGCUCCUCGGCAGCUAGCUCGCUGAACUCCUCGCCCAGCAGCCGUUUGGGAGCAAGUGGCUCUGGAUCUGGCGUUAAUGCCAGCAGUCCCCAGCCUCAACCCAUUCCUCCGCCAUCUGCCGUUAGCCGGGAUUCCGGCAUGGAGUCCUCGGAUGAUACACGAUCCGAAACGGGAUCCACCACCACAGAGGGCGGCAAGAACGAGAUGUGGCCCGCCUGGGUUUACUGCACCCGCUACAGCGAUCGUCCCAGCUCAGGACCCCGCUACCGCCGCCCCAAACAGCCAAAGGACAAGACCAACGACGAGAAGCGACCACGCACAGCCUUCUCCAGCGAGCAGUUGGCCCGCCUUAAACGGGAGUUCAACGAGAAUCGCUAUCUGACCGAAAGGAGACGCCAGCAGCUGAGCGGCGAAUUGGGCCUGAAUGAGGCGCAGAUCAAGAUCUGGUUCCAGAACAAGCGGGCCAAGAUCAAGAAAUCCACUGGCUCCAAGAAUCCUUUGGCCCUGCAGCUGAUGGCCCAGGGAUUGUACAACCACACCACCGUGCCGCUGACCAAGGAGGAGGAGGAGCUCGAGAUGCGCAUGAACGGGCAGAUUCCUUAAGCAAAAGGCAAAAGGCAGUUUUCAAAGGACCUUCAAAGGGGGCGUGCAAUAUUCGAGGGCGUACAAAUGGUUUUUCAUGUGAUAUAAUUGUAGCGUACAUAUGUUUUUGUAUAUAGUAUAUAUAUAGUAUAUAUAUAUAUCUUUAAACCCUAACUUAGCCUAAGAUCUAAACGUAGCGAAUUUGAGCUGUAAGUUGUUGGCCUAUUUAUUUAACCACCUUUGGCUAGCCGAAAAGUAUUAAGCUAUCAAGAAAACACCCUAAUCAAGGCUUCUAGCUAUCGCUUCGACUUUCAGACACUUAUAUUCCUACACACGAAUCAUCUAUAGUUAUUAUUCUCGAUAAAUUAUGUGCUUACGAACCAAUCUGUAUAUUAAGUAACUUAACAGUUUCCCACACUUAGCCUAAUUCUUAGUUAGUCUUAAGGAUCGCUAUGAAUGAGUAUUUUUAGUUACUAAGCGAAAUGUUAAACGAGCAACUAAUAGCUGGCAAAUGCACCUAAGAAAUUAACGACGAAAUGUUUGUGCUAAAGCAAGUUCAAGAAAAGAAAAAAGAAAACUCAAAAAAAGUGAAAUAAAAGAAUUAUGAAAAUUUACAUUUUGGUCUUUGCAAGAUUAAAGGGGGCAAAAUAUCAAGCCUACAUCUGGGUUAAUCGUUGGCAUUAUCCUUGGUUUUUCUCUCUGAUAUUUCCCCAUGCAACUGUCACAUCAAAGGCUGCAGGUCUUUAAAUCAAACCAACACUUGUCGUCAGAGGGCGAGGGCGAAAUUGCCCUGCUAAUUGCACAAUCACAUUCCGAAUCAAAAUCAGAGGCAGCAUCUUGGUCUUCGAUUC